CAGGUGUGAACCAUGCGCCCGCUUUUCCACCUGCAACGAAUACGCGACCAAGAAUACGCUACCUCGACGCCAUGCUGGUGCUGCUGUCCUCGGCGAUGAGGUUCCAUGCCAAGCCGGCGGCGGAGCUGGCCAUGAGGACGACGCCACGGUUGCUGCACAAGACCAAGGUCCUAGUCCAAGAGCUCCGACGUUUGGAAGCCAAGGACAUCAAGAAGCAACUCCACGUGAACGACGCCCUGGCGAAGCAGUACGCGGAGCACCUGAACCAGUUCGAGGCCAAAGAGCCAGUACCAUGCUGCAGUUUGUACGACACCCCCCUUUAUGACGCCACGGGCUUCGGUACCUUUGAUGAGGAUGACGCAGAUUGGGCCAACUCCAAUGUCCGGAUCUUCUCAGGUUUGUAUGGCAUCCUGCGGCCGUUUGACGAGAUCCAAACGCUCAGUCUGCCGGUGGGCUUGAAUAGCAAGCUGACCAACAGCAAGGGCAACUUCCUCCGGAACUUCUGGCAGGAACACAUCGAGAAGGACUUAGAGGAUGCCUUGCAGCGGCUCCCAAUGCCAGUGAUCAUCGAUCUGGCAGCAGAAGAGGAUGCGAAGAGCUUCACUGAUCCGGAACGGCUUCCAGAGGGCACCCGUGUGGUGAAGGUGGAUUUCAAGAUCUCUGACAAAGAUGCAGCUCUUUCGGCCAAGGGGGAGUUCUUGAGGUGGAUGUUGGAGAAUCGGUGUAUGACCGUGGAGGAGCUCCUCGAGUUCACUGGUUUGGAGGAGGAGGCUCCAAGCUAUCGAUUGAAUAAAAACCAGCAAUCCGCGGACCACUUGCUGUUUGAAGAGAAAGUGGGCGACGGCGGGGACGGCUGGCGGAAGAAGAUUCAGGAGUACGGUGGCUCCAAGAACAAAUUCAUCAAGGAGUUCGCCAGUGGCAAGCAGAAGUAUCAGCGCACGGAGAUGGCCAAAGCGCUCAAGAAGGAGGAUAAGGCGAAGAAGAAGAAGGGCUCCAGUGCGUUCUACUGAAGGAGCACUGUGCGCUCUGGAUUCCCAGACAAGC